CUUCGCUUUUUGUUUUGUCGUCCAAUACAAUACAAAUAUACAAUUACAAAUUUCCUUUUACAAUACCGAAAACCCGAUUUUCAAAGAUCAAUCGGCUCAUAUAUUUCUUCUUUUAUUUGCAAAUUCGUCACCUAUAUUGUUCAUCUGCCUGAAUUCAUUGGUUUUCAGCAAGUUGUCGUUCGUGUAUGUAAUUAAUCCAUGCAAACACUUAUGGUGGACGUGCGUGCAAGUUUCCAAUGAUUUAAUCUGGAAUUUAUGUCAUCACCAAUCUUCAUUAACAGCCCAUCUUCUUCUGAUCAUUAGAAGGAGCAACAAAAUUGUUUGAUCAUAGUGUUGCUUCCUGAUUUGGGUCUGAAUUUCUGGUGCUGAAAUGUCUAUUGAACAAGGCAAUAGGGAAGGGGAAUCAGGGCAUUCUCGAGGGUCUGGUUCUCGUUCUCGUCUCUAUGAACUCCUAGAUAUGGAAACCUCCUCAGACUGUGAUGACAGCCCCAGGAACUGGCAAAAUCUUUUUUGCAGUCCCGAAAUGAGGCUGGAGAGUCUGUUAUCUGAAGCUGGCAACGGAUUCUGUGCCGAUUGUGGGUCCCCAGAUCCAAAAUGGGUAUCUUUAAACAUUGGAGCAUUCAUUUGCAUAAAGUGCUCUGGCAUACAUAGAAGCCUUGGAGUGCAUAUAUCAAAGGUUGUAUCUGUCAACCUUGAUGAAUGGACCAAUGAGCAAGUUGAUGCUUUGAUUGAAAUGGGAGGAAAUAAUGCAGUAAACUUGAAAUAUGAAUCUCACCUUCCAGAGAACUAUACUAAACCAAAACCAGAUGCAUCUGCAGAGGAGCGUGCUGAUUUCAUAAGGAAAAAGUAUGAGCAGCAUCAGUUUAUGAACAGCACUUUACACUUGGCUUGCCCCUUUCCAUUACCAUCAUCCUCCGACUGCAGUUCUUCAAGCUCUUAUUCUGAAUCUGCACUUGAGAGGAAACACAAUGAGAAAUACUUUCCAGGUGGCCGCAUCCAUGGUUUGGGGCACGCAUUUCGCUACAGCUGGAGAAGACCUGAACACAAGUCAACAAAGAAGUCUCACUCAAUGGCAGGUAUGGUCGAAUUUGUAGGAUUAAUUACCGUGAACAUUUUGAGAGGCACCAACCUAGCUGUCCGAGAUAUGGUGUCUAGCGACCCAUAUGUCAUCCUCUCACUUGGAAAUCAAUCAACGAAGACACGGGUGAUAAAGAACAACCUCAACCCAGUUUGGAACGAAAAGCUAAUGUUGUCAAUCCCAGAUAGUGUUCCUCCCCUGAAGUUGCUAGUAUAUGACAAGGAUACUUUCUCAACGGACGAUUUUAUGGGGGAUGCAGAGAUUGAUAUUCAACCACUGCUUUCUGCCGCAAAAGGUUUGGAGAGCUCCUCGAAUAGUGAGCCAAUGCAGCAUGAAAGCCAUCAAGCAAGCGAAGAUAACAUGCUUGUGAAGGGUAGUAUUAUCACGUUAGAAGAUGGUAGGGUGAAACAGGAAGUCGCUAUUAAGUUGCAGAAUGUUGAACGAGGAGUGUUGGAGAUUGAGCUUGAAUGCUUACUUCUUGCUCAAUAGCAUGCAAAAGAAACCAAGAUGAAAGCAACUGUAAGUCUUUCCGGUUUCUCCAGCAAAACUGCAAUUCAAGACGACACGUAUAGCGUGGCAGAAGUUUUUGAACUCGAGAAAUAUUGUGUACAGUUCCUAUUAUCUUCUUUCUUCCUGAGGCCAUUUUUGUUCAUCUGUGAUCUAGAUUAGUUGAUGGAGAAUUUAUGGGCGUUUCCACCUGAAUUUGUGCAUCUGAUGUUGCUGUAUAACAUCAAAUUGUUUGCUGCUGUACAGGAAAAUUGUGCUCUGUGGAUUGAUACCAGAUAACUAAUGUUAGUGAGCUGGGAAAUUCUGUCUAUUGAUGUUAUUUUGUGCUAACACCACCUCUACCAGUGUAUCAAUUCCUCUAGAACAGAAAAAGCCAGUAAAAAUUGCGAGGCUAAACGCAUGAGCCUAAUUCUAUGAGCAAAGAACACAGACGAUCUGCCGGCGAGCCGUAGCUCAAUUGUAGAUGAGGCCCUAUAACUACAAGGCCAUGGAUUCAAAUUCUAUAAACGUGUGGAAUGUUAUUCUAUUUCAAUAAUAGAUAUCGUUCUAUUUUAAUAGUAGGGGACAAAGACAAUCUCUAACUCUAUUUUCUCCCCAAAUUAAUUUGUCAAAGUUGCUUUA